AUGUCGGACGAUACAACACGGCAGACCACAACAACGGACAAGGCCUUUACGGCAGAACAAUGGAAGGGCGCCGAGCCCACCCACGCAGUCAAACCUGAGAACGCCAAUGUCUACGCCGCCGCAGCAUCACAGCAUACCGCUGGUGGCUCAGCUGCCGAUGUCACUCUCUCCGACGCUGCAAAGACUAUCAAGAUCGAGGACUUUGCUGCUCUGCCCAAGAAGCCUUGUGUUCGAGACUCACUCCUCACUGGAAUCACCGCUGGCUUUGUUGUAGGCAGCUCAAGGGCAAUCUGGAGGGCACCCAUUCAAUCUGCUGCCAACUGGGCAGUCGGAACUUUCGUCAUUGGAUCCGCCGGCAUGUACCAAUACUGCCAGUACAAGCGUCUGGCCGAAAAGGAAGGCAUGACACGCGCCAUGGAGAUUAUCGAUCGCAAGCAAGUCGAGCGCAAGCAAAGGAAGCUCGUCUGGAGAGAGCCAGAGAGUUGCGCCGUCAAAAGAAGGAAGAGGAGNGAUGCUCAGAAGUUUGCAGAGCUCAACGCGGGCAAUGCCACACCAGGCACAGGCGAGCCAAAGUCUUCUUCGUGGAAGUUGUGGUAA